CCUCGCGUCGCCAAUUGAAAAGCCUACGGCCCCGGAGCGAGUCGCUCCGAGCUCCGCAGCCUUUACUGCCCAAUUAAAACCCUUGGCUUCCAAAACUUUUAAGAUGCGCUAGUGGCUACUCCUCCCCGAAUCGGCCGUACCGAUUCCUAAGCAUUUCAUUCCAGUGCGUGGGCGCACUGGGUGGGUCGUAGUAACUGAGACGGCGGCAGGCACGCGAAAGAGCGCCUCCUCCUUCCCGGCUCUCACGUGAUUCAUACCCGCGCCCUCCCCUCGUCCGGGCCGGGCCCCCCUCCCCGCCUGCCCCGCCGUCUAGCUAUAUAUCCAAAUCGCCGAGCCUCCACCCCCUCCAUCUCCCUUUCUCGCGAGCUCGUCCGUUUGCCUGCUACCCAUCUUUGCACUGCUUACAGUCAGAGAGUGAGUGAGUGAGCGAGCUCGAUCGGUCGGUCAUGGUUGAGGCAGUGGCGGAGGAGGAGCCGGUGGUGCGGGAGUACGACGACGUCCGCGACCGCGCCGGCGUGGAGGAGGUGGAGCGGGAGUGCGAGGUGGGGUCCAGCGGCGGCGGCGGCGAGAUGUGCCUCUUCACGGACCUCCUCGGCGACCCGCUCUGCCGCAUUCGCAACUCGCCGGACUUCCUCAUGCUGGUCGCGGAGACAGCAACCGGCAGCGCCGCCGGCGGCGGCGCGGAGAUAAUCGGCCUCGUCCGCGGCUGCGUGAAGUCCGUCGUCUCCGGCGGCUCCCACGCCAAGGACAAGGACCCCAUCUACACCAAGGUCGCCUACAUCCUCGGCCUCCGCGUCUCACCCAACCAUCGGAGGAAAGGGGUGGGGAGGAAGCUCGUGGAGAGGAUGGAGCAAUGGUUCCGGCAGAAGGGCGCGGAGUACUCGUACAUGGCGACGGAGCAGGACAACGAGGCGUCCGUGCGCCUCUUCACCUCCCGCUGCGGCUACUCCAAGUUCCGCACGCCGUCGUUGCUCGUCCACCCGGUGUUCCGCCACGCCCUCAAGCCCUCGCGCCGCGCCUCCAUCGUGCGCCUCGAGCCCCGCGACGCCGAGCGCCUCUACCGCUGGCACUUUGCCGCCGUCGAGUUCUUCCCCGCCGACAUCGACGCCGUGCUGUCCAACGCCCUGUCGCUCGGCACGUUCCUGGCGCUCCCGGCGGGCACAAGUUGGCACGGGGACGUUGAGGCAUUUCUCGCCGCGCCGCCGGCUUCGUGGGCGGUGCUGAGCGUGUGGAACUGCAUGGACGCCUUCCGUCUCGAGGUGCGCGGCGCACCCCGUCUGAUGCGCGCCGCGGCCGGCGCAACGCGGCUGGUGGACCGAGCGGCGCCGUGGCUCCGGAUACCCUCCAUCCCGAACCUCUUCGCGCCGUUCGGGCUCUACUUCCUCUACGGCCUGGGCGGCGCCGGGCCGGGAGCGCCGCGGCUGGUGCGCGCGCUGUGCCGGCACGCGCACAACAUGGCCCGACGCGGCGGAUGCGGCGUGGUGGCCACCGAGGUCGCCGCCCUCGAGCCCGUGCGCGCCGGGGUGCCGCACUGGGCGCGUCUCGGCGCCGAGGACCUCUGGUGCAUCAAGCGGCUCGCCGACGGCUACAACCACGGGCUGCUCGGCGACUGGACCAAGGCGGCGCCCGGGCGCUCCAUCUUCGUCGACCCCAGAGAGUUUUAGCUUCAUUUUCAGAUUUUCUGAAUUAGAUCAUGUAGGCUUUUUUUUUCUCCUCCGUCUGAUCCGGCCUGCUCCUUCCAGAGCACUGUGCCAUGCCAGUGCUCCCUCCCGAACCUUCUGAGUUCCAAGGACGCGGUACAUCACAUUUUUCCGUACGUACGUAGGAGUGCUCUCUGUUUCAACUUGUGCGGUUACAGCUCUCUGCAGGUCGAGAGAACUUGAGCUGCUGCUUUAACAGCAAAUUUUUUUUUUGUCGA